AUGGCGGCGCAGGGGCCCGGCAGCCGCUUUCCCCCGGCGCUGCUGCUGCUCGGCUUGGCCGUGCUCGCCCGCCCGCCGCUGCCCGCCGCCGCCUCCGAGCCGCCUCCUGCCGCCCUCCGAGCCGGCCACGCCGCCUCCUCGCUGCCCGCCGCCGCCGCCGCCCCGCGCACCAGAUACCUUUUAUAUGAUGUGAACCCCCCUGAAGGGUUCAACCUUCGCAGAGAUGUCUACAUUCGCAUUGCUUCCCUUCUAAAGACCCUGCGGAAAAGUGAAAAUUGGGUGUUGGUUCUGCCUCCCUGGGGACAUCUUUAUCACUGGCAGAGCCCUGACAUCCUCCAGGUCCGGAUCCCUUGGUCUGAGUUUUUUGAUAUCCCAAGCCUCAACAGGAACAUCCCUGUCAUCGAAUAUGAGCAGUUCCUUGCAGAGUCAGGUGGGCCCUUUAUUGAACAGAUUUAUGUGCUGCAAGGCUACGCAGAAGGAUGGAAGGAAGGAACGUGGGAAGAAAAAAUAGAUGAAAGGCCGUGCAUUGAUCAGCUGAUGUACUCCAAAGACAAACAUGGCUACUACAGGGGUUGGUUCUGGGGUUAUGAGGAAACACGAGGCCUAAACGCCUCUUGCUUGUCUGUCCAAGGAUCUGCCUCUAUUGUGGCUCCCAUCCUUCUGAAGAACACUUCAGCACAGUCAGUGAUGUUAGACAGAGCUGAAAACCUUCUUCAUGACCACUACGGAGGGAAAGAUUAUUGGAAUACCCGUCGGAGCAUGGUGUUUGCUAAACACCUCCGCGUGGUGGGAGAUGAGUUUAGGAAGAAAUAUCUUCAAUCCACUGAUGAGGCAGACAGGACUCAGUACAAGGAAGACUGGACACAGAUGAAGGUUAAGAUGGCCACAGCUCUAGGUGGCCCAUACCUUGGGGUUCAUCUCAGAAGGAGAGACUUCAUUUGGGGUCACAGAGAAGAUGUGCCUUCUCUGCAAGGAGCAGUAAAGAAAAUCCACAGCCUCUUGGAGACGCUUAAACUUGAAAAAGUUUUUGUAGCCACUGAUGCUGUUGAGGAAGAGAUUGAACUGCUCAAGAAACUGCUGCCUGAGAUGGUGAGGUUUGAACCCUCUCUGGAAGAGCUGGCACUCUAUAAGGAUGGGGGCUUGGCUGUGAUUGACCAGUGGAUUUGCGCACAUGCAAGGUAUUUUAUAGGCACCUCAGUUUCAACAUUUUCCUUCCGAAUCCUAGAGGAAAGGGAGAUCUUGGGAUUUGAUCCAAAAACAACUUACAACCGAUUUUGUGGUGAAACAGAGAAAAACUGUGAGCAGCCCACUCACUGGAAGAUUGUAUAUUAAACACAGAAGUUUUGAUACCAUUAGAGUUCAAAAUAAUAAGGAAAAAUGAUGGGGAAUUACCUGCCUUGGAACAAAGUAUGACCCAGUCCUGUACACUUAGCUCUCAUUGCCCUUCCAGUGUGGGUAUGACAUGGAGUGGCUGUACUACUCAGUGUCUUUGGACCUCACAGCAUUUCUUCGUGGGUCCCCAGUAUGUUCUGCUGUGGUUGCCUUCCCUGAGUGGUCCCAUGUGCAUUGAGUGGUUGCUACAGACUGCAGGGGCCUCCUGGCUGCAGAACUGGGUUAUGGGAGGUGGCAAAGCAAUGCCCAGGAUAUGCGUGUUUAAACCAACCUUGCCUAUUGGAGCAUUUCUUACCUGUCCAUGGUUCUCUCUUGGGUCUGUGGUCAUUUUUUAACUGCAGAGCUGACCAUGCCAACAGGAGUGCUCACCCUGGGAGCACCAGUCUUUGCCCAGGGAGGAACCAAGCUGCCAUCAGAAUAAAAGCAGGGGGCCUGCUCCCACUCCAAGGGAAGAGCCUGCAAGGUCCA